UCCAAAACUUAUUGGUCUCGCAAGUCGAGCAAAAGCAGGACACCGAGUGAAGCUUCGAGUUUGGGGUGGGGAGGAACCCAGCGGCGUCCGCGUGUUUGGUCACCGAGUAUCCAGAGAAGGAAAGCCACUUUUUUGGAGCGAGCGCACCGAGGCGACGGCGCACAACCGGGAGCUAAAACCUGCACGGCGGAGGAGGAGGAGAGGGAGGAGGAGGAGGAGAACUUCAUCGUGACAACGAGGCGCUUUUUCUCUUCUACGGGACAGAUGAGUGUCUGAUCACAUUGACAGUCGUGCGGUCGCUGAGAGGAGGACUCUUUGCCAAACGUGGCACCGAUUUCUCGGAAGACGCGCGUCAAAGUUUGGAGAGCGGAGCUGCGCCAUUAGAGAAGAAAAAACCCGCCUGGUAACGCUUUAUUGUGACUGUCAAGAACUUUUCUCCUCGCACACUUUCUGUUUGCGUGUGUGUCCACGCACCGAGUCAACCUGCGGCUAUUUCCACGAAGAGGAAACUUGGAAAGCCCGAAACAUCCCAGAGACCGUAAACACCGCUUCUUAUCGAGAAGGAGGUGCACGCGACAAGAAGAAAAAAAAGUUACCAAGAGAGAGCGUGCGCUGGAGAAGUGAGCCUGGAUCUCGAGAUAACGCAAGAAGACGCUUUCUGAACUCAUAGAAGUUGGAUGAUAAAGGCCAGAGUGAUGAAGACUAGAGAGACACUCGGUGAAGAAAUCCUCCGCGCCUGAGAGUCGGUGCGCUCCGUGACAGGAGAGGGGGGUAACGUUCCCUGUUGGAGACCCCCCCUGUGCGCUGGCCAUAACAAGAGAUUUGGUGCGUUGUCUUGUUGGGGGGAGGCUGAUAGUAAAGAGACGGAUAAAGUCUGAGAGAGAAGCGGCUAAUUGCUUAGUCCGUCCCUCAUUACCAUAUCCAAUGCGCGUCCGCUGGACUCCAGCCAAUCCUCCCCACCUUCACACGGUGCCAUUAAUCGCGAGGCAUUAUUCACUAUCAUAAUUAUUAUACCGACAUGCGCAAUCCCACGCACAGCAGCGGCAGCAGCAGCAGCAGCGCAACCACCACCAGCUAAUUCCACUUUUCCCCCUCGUCCACUUCUUCUCGCUCUCUCUCGCUCAUCCUCUCUCUCUCUCUGCUGUACCAGACUGUUUGCGAACUUUUUUUUAUGAGUGUUGAUUCAUUCGCUCUUCGCUGAUGUAUCUGCAAAACGCAGAGAUAUACGGGAGCGCAAACGCAGCAGCAUCAGGAGCAUCAGGAGCAUCGCCAGCACCGACGCCAGCAGCAGCAGCAGCAGCAGCAUGUCCCGGCGCAAGCAAGCCAAGCCGCAGCACCUCAAGUCGGAAGAGGAGCCCGCGCUAGCAGGGGUGAUCUCCGAGCACGCCCGAGGUGAUGUGCUGGAGGAUGCCGACAGCGGGAAUGAGAGCCGCAGCGGCAGUGAGGAGACCCAUGUGUGUGAGAAGUGUUGCGCUGAGUUCUUCAAGUGGUCAGACUUCUGUGAACAUUUAAAGAGCUGCACCAAGAACCCCCUGGUUCUCAUAGUGAAUGACAAUGAGGACACACCUAUCCUCUCCCAGGAGUACCCUACAGAGCCCUCCCCUGUACCCAGCUGCCCUAGUGAGCAGGCUGACAGCGAGGACCCCAGGGAGGGAAACCACAGUUCUGCUGGUGAGGGGGAUGAUGUCCAAGAGACAGCAACCUUAAAUGGGGUUAAUGUCCUAGAAAAGGAGGAUGAGCAGAUGGAGCUAGAGCUGGAGCUUUCUCCUGAAAAAAUGAUGGAUACUGAAGAGAGAGAUUUGACAUCCCCUGAGCCAGAUGCCACCCUACCUCAGCUCAACGAUGUCGUCCCCUCCGCUGUUACAAACUAUGCCAUGCCAAGCACCAAUGUUACCUUGGAGACUCUUCAUGGCACCCGGGUUGCAGUGGCCCAAUUUUCACAGAGUAUAAGGUCAGCAGCCGGCAGUGGGGUCUCCACCAUGGCUAUCCCCAUGAUCCUGGACCAGCUGAUGGCCCUCCAACAGCAGCAGAUACACCAGCUGCAGCUGAUAGAGCAAAUACGCGGUCAGGUGGCUCUGAUGAACAGACAGUCUGCCUCACAGCCCGCUCUCAAUCACCAUCACAGCAAUGCUGCUGGAAACCAGGGGCCUUUAUCCUCCUGUGUCCCCCCUGUCGCUAGUCAACUUCAACUACACAACUUCAUCACCCCUCCUGUCCAUCAGAUGCCUGUUAGGUUGCCAGCCACUCUCAAUGGUCAAGGGUCUUCACCCUUGACCUCAGCGUUAGAUGGGCCUCUCUCUCAGACACCACAUAGUGGCAGUCAGCAGUCUAACUCUUCAAUCCCUAACACAUCCUCAAAUAAUUCAGCAUAUCCCCAGCCCAGUGGCACUAGUUUGUCAUCUCUAAUCUCCUCCUGCUCAUCCUCCAUCGCAAGCAACAUUAUUAGCACUAGCAGUAGUCUAACAGGAGGUGGUGGCAUUAGCAGCAGCUCAGCUCUUUCCAGGACCUCCACCAGCCCUCUCUCACUCAGCCACAGUAGCCUCAUGAGCUCGGCCUCCAAUCUACCACUGAUGCCUCACAGCUCAUCCAGCAGUGUCAUCUUCCCCAACCCCCUGGCCAGCAUAGCAGCCACAGCCAAUGCGCUUGACCCCCUCUCUGCUCUGAUGAAGCACCGCAAGGGGAAGCCUCCAAAUGUGUCUGUGUUUGACACUAAGCCCAGCUCCGAGGACCCCUUCUUCAAGCAUAAGUGUCGGUUUUGCGCCAAGGUGUUUGGCAGUGACAGCGCCCUACAGAUCCACCUGCGUUCCCACACUGGAGAGAGGCCCUUCAAGUGCAACAUAUGUGGCAACCGUUUCUCCACCAAGGGGAAUCUGAAAGUCCACUUCCAGAGGCACAAAGAGAAAUACCCACAUAUUCAGAUGAACCCCUACCCUGUGCCAGAGUAUCUGGACAAUGUACCCACAAGCUCAGGCAUCCCGUAUGGCAUGUCUUUGCCCCCAGAAAAACCUGUAACCACAUGGCUAGACAGUAAACCCGUCCUCUCUACAUGUCCCACUUCAGUCGGACUCCAGUUGCCUCCCACACUGCCGAGUAUGAUGGGAGGUUUUAGUGAAUCCCUGAGCCUCACUCCACUCAACAGGUCUCCUCAGAGGCCAUCUCCACCCUCAAGCGAGUGUGCAUCUUUGUCCCCUAAUAUCAUCACUGACUCUGGCAUGACCACUACUUCACCCUCCCCAAAACCAAGCAUAGGGAGUGAUGCACCCCCUCUCUUGAAACCUGAAGGUGUUCUCUUGCCCCCAAGCUGCUCUUCUUGGCCAGGAGAGAACACCACCACCACGACUUCAGUAACUCAAGUGGUUCUUUCUGCUACUGUCACAUCCACAACUUCAUCCAACAGUGGCCAGAUCACUGAACCAAUCAAUAGCCCAAACUCAGUUUCAAACUCUGUCUGCCACCCUGUCCUUCCCAUGCUUUCAGACCAAUUUAAGGCCAAGUUUCCUUUUGGCGGACUCCUAGACUCUAUGCAAACCUCCGAGACAUCGAAGUUACAGCAGCUUGUUGAAAAUAUUGACAAAAAGAUGACUGACCCAAAUCAGUGUGUCAUCUGUCAUCGUGUUUUGAGUUGCCAGAGUGCACUCAAGAUGCACUACCGUAUCCACACUGGUGAGAGGCCUUUCAAAUGCAAGAUUUGUGGGCGUGCAUUCACCACCAAAGGAAAUCUCAAAACACACUUUGGUGUCCAUAGGUCCAAACCCCCACUUCGGGUUCAGCACUCCUGCCCAAUAUGUCAGAAAAAGUUCACCAAUGCUGUCGUGCUGCAGCAGCACAUCCGUAUGCACAUGGGAGGACAAAUCUCCAACACCCCGCUUCCUGAAAGCCUCCAGGAUAUGGAGACUGACCUCUCCUUUGACGAGAAGAGCUUAGAUGCGAUGAGUAGUUAUGACGAUGAUCUUCUGGAUGAAAUGGAGCAGGCCAUGGAGGACGAAGUUGACUUGAGAGAGGGAGAAAUGGACCCAUCAAAACCGUAUUCACCUGGGAUUUCCCCACCACCUUCAAUCAUCUCCAGCAUUGCUGCAAUGGAGAACCAGAUGAAGAUGAUUGACUCCACUGCCAAUAUGAGCCGUUCGUUCGGUCUAAGGCCUACGCAUAAUGGCAGCAGCUUUGGAGGAGAGACUGAUUGUUUUACUACUGAUUCCCUGUCUGCAUUGGGAGAUGCUGAAGGUCAAAGCUUGGGGAGCCCUGCUUUGUCAGAGUCCUCUGGCUCAAUGCAGCAUUUGUCCCCAGCUCACAGCCACUUUGAAAGCCAGCGAUCCAAGUCCCCAACUACACUCAACAAUAAUAACAACAGCAGUGCCAUGACAGCAGAGGAGGGCCAGGAGAACAAUACAGCAGGCUUGGCAACAGUGAAGUCAGAAAAACCAGAGACCCCCUCUCCUCUUUCUGCUACUGAAGGCACUGGGGCCCUUGACCUGACUGCCACUCAACAUGGCAGGCACUUUAUCAAGGAGGAGAGCCACUUCAAUAUGCUGUUUCUAAAUAGGGAUAGAGGGCUGAGCACUGCAUCAAACAUGGUCAAAAUGGAAAUGAACGGACACGGGAAGUCAGUGUCACUGAGUGACAACUCUCACCUACCCAUGAGCAUCCAGGUUCCAGCUGCAGCACCACAGACCACCAUGAGCCCCAGCAUCAACCCCAUGUUGGCUCCGCCGCCUCCACGACGCACCCCUAAGCAGCACAACUGUCACUCGUGUGGGAAGAAUUUUUCUUCGGCCAGUGCUCUGCAGAUCCAUGAGCGCACACACACUGGGGAGAAACCUUUCGCCUGCUCCAUUUGUGGAAGGGCUUUCACCACAAAGGGCAACCUGAAGGUUCACAUGGGAACACACAUGUGGAACAACGCUCCGGCUCGAAGGGGUCGGCGACUGUCUGUAGAGAAUCCCAUGGCCCUGCUGGGCGGGGAUGCCAUGAAGUUCAGCGAGAUGUUCCAGAAGGAUCUGGCGGCCCGGGCCAUGAAUGUCGACCCGGGUUUUUGGAACCAGUACGCAGCCGCCAUCACCAAUGGGCUGGCCAUGAAAAACAAUGAGAUCUCUGUGAUCCAAAAUGGGAGCAUCACCCAGCUGCCCAUGAGCCUCGGCGGUACGGGUAUCACCUCCUUGGGAGCCAUGCCUGGAGGAAUGGACCGUGUUCACACGGGGGGCAGCCCUUCAAUGAUAGGAAUGGAGAAGGCUGGUCUGGAAGUUGGGGCUAACCGACCCUUUUCAAGAUUUAUGGAGGAGAACAAAGAAAUCGGGAUCAAUUAACAACCUGUAUUAUUCCCCGGUAGGCAUUUGGCAAAGACAAAGAGUCUGACGGCAAGGAAAGAAACUGCUGAUCCAGUCUUAACUCAUGUGUGUUAUAUUGUGUACAGAUUAAAUAUUUUUUGUUUGGUUUUGGAAAUACAGUAUUUAGUAUUGAUUAGAGGUCUUUGCCUUUCACUCAUUGCGUCCUCACUUGAUAUUUCGCCUAUACGAAGAAUACUUUGUUUCUCGUUUGAGAAUAUGUCGUCUUGCAAGAUUUGCAUGGUACUUAUUGGUUUUUAUUAGUAUGUUUGACUGCUUUUAUGAAUUUCUUUGAAAACCAGGAUCCUGCCUCAUUAACAAUGGGCAAGCAUCUGAUAUGGACAGGACUAAAAGUGAAAAGAACAUGGGUUUGUUUAAAGACAGUCUUGCCUUUGCCUGGGACCCUUGUCAUGGAUAGACUGAAGAAAAGACUCAAGUAUAGUGUUUCUGUGCUCGCCUGAUGUUUUUUCUCAUGAACUAGAAAACUUGAAAAAAAUAAUGUUUGAACUAUUUCAAUCUUUACAUUUAGUCCCCCAGCAUUGUCUUAUAAUAUUGUCCUGUGUCUUUAGUAUUUAUGAUAUCGACAAAAAAGCGGGUAUACAAAAAUAUAUUAAAUGGCCCAAGCAUUUUAUUGAUCCAUUUCUUUUCUAAACUGCAGGCUUCACUGGUGAAUAUCUCUUUCAAUAAAGACAAUAUGUCGUCUUGAGUUGAUCAACAGAGAAACAUGGUAGGUUUUAUUUGGAUAUCAGUUGAGACUAUCUGUAUCUGGUUACAUGGUAAAGAGGCUAGAGAUAUCCGAAGCUGCUAUGAACACAACCCUGCUUUUAACCUUUGUAAAAAGAAAAAAGAAGUGAUCCUUUUGAAGAAAUAUCUAUGUAUAGAAAUACAGACAAAUCUAAAACAGGUAUGCAUAUUUUGUAUCACAUAAAAAUAGACAUCAUGAGUUGAGAGUAUUUGUCAUGUUUGUGAAUGCACUUUUUAAAAACAAGACGUUUUGUCUGUGAUUUACCGUUAACCUUUUGACUGAGCUAUCUAUCACGUGCUGUUUUCAUUGUUUUCAGCGUACCACUCCUACAAUUUGCAGAGUCGUUUCUCUGUUAUUGCAUUUGUGCGACUCGUCAGAGUGCAGAGUCAUCACUCAAUCAAAACCUUCUUAAAUAAAAAAAGAGAACAGGUGUGUGUUUGAAUUGUUUCCUUAUCAGCACCAUGUUAGUCUUUCUUUGUCACCCUUUUAUUUCCAUAAAUCAAAAUUGAAAUACCAGAUUAAUACUUGAUCAUUUUCUUAAUUACCAUUCAUAUUUUAUUUAAACCUCUUCCAAUCUCCUUUUCUAAUGUAUUUAUUGUAUUGUUAUUUUGAAGCUGAAAAGAUAAAAGCAUGAGAGGAGAUUCAGCACCUUGCUUCAAAUUGUCACAUUGACUUUAUAAAAAUCUAAAGUGAAAUCAAUUAGCAUUUUUAUGUGAAGUAUUUAAAAAUCCUAAUGCAUUGAAAAACCUUUGUAUAUAUAUAUAUAUAUGACUAUCAAUACAUAGGAAUAAUUUUCAAAAAUAAUUGAAAAAUUAUGUCUAUAAAAAUGAAUUGAUAUGUGACCAAGAAAUGUGCCUUC